CGUCCACAACACAACGGCCAGCUCAGUCACGCGCGUGGCAGAGCCGCCAACGCCACUGACGCCGCCCUCCGUGAUGCUUUGGGAUGCAUAGCAGAUAUUCUGCAUGUACUGGCCGAAACGGGCUGCGUGAGGAUAUACUCGCGUUUCAGUUUCACGAGUUCAAUGGUUCAACCAGGUGUUCUGCGAUUCUUAUCAUCUCCUUCAUGAUGUAUAAAACCCCCGGGAUGUAGCACUUGGACGGUCUAGGUUGAAGACAGUCUCCAUCGGUCCCAGCACUGAGCACUCUUCUACGGUCUUUCCAAGCGCAAACCACCAUAUUCGCGUGUCCUCUCUGACACCAUGAGAACAUCCGAGGUCCUCUUCGCGGCUGCGGCCCUCGUCACCUCGGUGACUUCGCACGCAACCUUUCAACAACUCUGGGUGGACGGAGUUGACAAGGGCAAUGUCUGCGCCAGACUUCCAGCCUCCAACAGCCCCGUCACCGCCGUCAACACCAACGAUAUCCGCUGCAACGCGAACCCCGGCAAGGCCAGCCAGAAGUGCAGCGUGCCCGCGGGCUCGACCGUGACGGUCGAGAUGCACCAGCAGAACGGGGACCGGGACUGCUCCAAGGAGGGCAUUGGCGGCAACCACUUUGGCCCGGUCAUCGUGUACCUCUCCAAGGUCUCGGAUGCGAGCACCGACACGGGCAGCGGCAAGUGGUUCAAGAUCUUCGAGACGGGCUACAACGCGGCCACCAAGGUCUGGGGCAACGAGGGGCUCAACCGCGGCUGCGGCAAGCAGCAGCUCAAGAUCCCCAGCAGCAUUGCGCCCGGCGACUACCUCCUCCGCGCCGAGACGAUUGCGCUGCACGCGGCUGGCCAGGCUGGCGGUGCUCAGUUCUACAUGACCUGCUACGUGAGUUUAUGAUUCCUGUUCAUGAUCAUCUCCAUUGUCAUUGCUGCGUUUCCUUCUUCUUCUUCUUCUUCUUCUUCUUCUUCUUCUUCUUCUUCUUCUUCUUCUUCUUCUUCUUCUUCUUCUUCUUCUUCUUCU